AUGAUACUAGACUCAACUUAUGCUCCUCGUCAACCACCUCCCUCAAUCUCAACUGAUGCUGCACGAGCCGUAUGGCCAUCAGAACCCUCUCCAAAACGUCCAAGAGUCGACACUCAUAAUCUACAAUCUUUCAAAACUCAUAGGCGUUCAGCUAGGACACCUUCAUCUCCUCUUACCAGUCCUUGGCGUUCUUUCAAAUCACGCCCUGACCCUCAUUGUACUGCUAUCGAUUGUCCCCCUCUACCAGUUCACCCUCCAGUCGACCUCUCAUCACCCCAUAUUCCAGCAAUGCAUCCACUCAUAAACAGACAGACCCUCAAAGAACUAGAUCUCGACUCUAUCCUUCGUAAUCCACAACUUCGACACGACCUUCUUUUUGAUGCUGGUCUCCAGUUUCGUCCUACAUCUGGUCGACGUAAACGCGAUCUAUCAGACAAAUAUUGGUCCGCUAUCGCACAAGAACUUCAAACAGGCUGCACCUGCGUUUCCUUUGAUCUUCAAUGGAAACCCCACGACCUCCUCUGCGUUUGCGCCCAAGGCCCUAUACCUCAAGUACCUAGCCUCACCUACUGCUCCCCUCGUCGAGCACUCACACUCCGCAUGCCCUCUCGUAUUCGUCCCCUCCUCACAGAAUUUCUCGAGGUUUUACUCUUUGUCAUACAACCCCUUACAAGCAUAUGCGGCACAUACGCCAAUCCUGCAACUCUUCAGACGCAAAUCGAGCAACACGCAGCUCAGGCCGCUCAUCUCAGAUCCCUCUUUGAUCCGGAGCUUAUUCAGCAGGAGCUUCACCACCAACUCUUCGAUCCAUCAGGACUCUUCAUCGUCAUUGGUCACACUCUCAAAAGCCACUGUGCCCCCAUGCGUGAUCGUCUUGUCGACGCUAUGGUGGAAGCAGCCAAAGCUUGCGCCCCGGGCUGCGGUGGCACUAAAGCGGACGCGGUCAAGGCCGUUCGCAUGUGCCUCGAUAUCUUGGAACUCAUGAAACUGGCAAGUCUCUCCCAAUCAUCUUCCUUCCUUGAUAUUGCGAACCAUCAAUUGCAAACCCUCCGCCCAUUCCUCAUAGAAACCGCGGGUCAAUACGAGCUCAAGGCGUUCAAAGGCCGAAAGGGGGCAGGUGCCUCACUCGACCUUACCCGGAAAUGGAUACGAACGGCAUACCACCACCUCGUGUCCUCGUCCCACCCAAUUCCAAUCUUACUUCCCCAUCCGUCCCACCCUUCCAACACCAUAACUCUAAAUUAUCGCCAACUCCCACAAACGCAGCAAAUAUACCUAAGCGUGCUCAAAGCACUCACAGACCUCGUUUUUGAACCUCCUUGUGGCCCAUCCCCCACGCCCGUUCCACAUUCCCACUCCCCCCAACGCGAACGCGUGUCGAAAUCGAACAUACCAUAUCUCCCACUAUACCCCGAAACCACGUAUCUGGACGGCGCGCGUCUGUUGGUGUUAUCAGGCGAAGCGGCGGACGCCACUGCUAUGUAUAUGUUCCUUCUUUUGUUUCGGCAACUGGCAUUUAGCGAUCCCGACCCUAACUCUUGCGGCGAUCCGGGCUUGAAGGUGGUUGUGACCGAUGCCCAACUCGCUUCGCUUAAAAAGGAAAUUCGAGAUAUUUCUUCAGGGCAUCUUGGACAUUGUUUUGCGCAGGUGAAGGGAGAUGGCGACGGUGAGAGAUGGGCAAAGAUUAGAGAGGAUAUUGUUUUGCAGAUCGCUAUGCGUGCGAAGGAGGCUCGUUCGUCUUCCACACCUUUGUCGACUUCCCCACGGACACGGAACCCAGAAUCAGCAUCAGCAUCUGAAACAGGGUCGGAUCCUCGACCCCAAUCAAGGGUCCUCGCUUCCGCACCAGACGAGCGCAUGCUCAAACUAGCCGAACGCUGGUCCGACACGAACAUGCGUCCCAACUCGCCGCUGAGCACGCUGCUACGCAAGAGGAUCCGCGAUGUUGUAUUUAAUCAGGUCGUGGCGCUCACAUUUCCUUCCACUUCUUCCUGCGAUUCUGGCAUAGGCUCAAACACGAACACAAGCCUAGGCAAGUCAUUAAACUUGAAAUCCCUCGUCCCUCCUUCGGCGUUAUCCUCGGGCAUGGAGCCUCUUGCAGAUGAGAUCCGCUUGCUCUCAGAGCGACUCUCGAGAUUGGCGCAUAUCCAUCUGGGGGUGUAUCUUCCCCUGUAUGAACAGGAUGAAUUUUCGACGUCUGUUUUUUCUGAUUUAGAACCCUGUAGCUAG